AUGCGGUCGGUCAGCCUGCUUGGCCGGUUCUGCGCUCGUCGAGUUCUCCCGAAUGCGCGAAGUCCCCAUGUGAACCAUGCGAACCUCGGUAGAUGGCGUUCGACUUUCCGAUCCCACAUUCCCACCGCCUCCUCAUCAUGGCGAAAUACUCAAUCUGGCAGCAAGGUUCUAAGAGCUGCAGCGACCGGUGCGCUUGGGACAGCUGUAUUCGUCAAGCUCUCAGAGGCCGAUAAUGGCGGCACGGAUCAGACGGCAGAGGGGCGUAUGCUGGAGGCAUCGCGCGAUGAGCUCGAAAAGACGGUCGGCGACAACGAGAAAGGAUUCAAGCGGUAUGCGCACAAGGUGCUGCUGUUUUUUGAUGUAUACAUUUGGGAGCCUCUUAACACGGGCUUGAGGUUCUGUCACCUGGUUCUCAUCUUUGUCCCCGUCAUCCUCGCAGUCCCAAUGAUCUGGUUUGGGAAGCGCCAAUCGGACCAGGACAACGAAAGGACGGGUACCCUAUUGUGGUAUAAUUUCCUGGUAUGGGGCAUGGAGAAAGCUGGGCCAGCUUUCAUCAAGCUAGGACAAUGGGCGGCCUCGAGGACCGACAUCUUUCCUGACCAAAUGUGCGAUAUCAUGUCGAAACUUCACUCCAAUGCCCCUGCGCAUUCGCUCCACGCAACGAAACGGAUCAUCGAGGCGGCUUUCGACGGGAGGAAGUUCGAAGACAUAUUUGAUGAAUUCCAAGAGACUCCUCUCGGUGUUGGCGCUAUAGCCCAGGUAUACAAGGCCAAGUUGCAGCCACAUCUCGCCGUGCCUGGUGAUGUGGAUGUGUCGGAAACCUCAAGCAACAUGCGACAGAAUGUCCGACGCAAUGUUGACACGGUGCUGAAGAGCUCGCCAAAACGGGUCCCGUCUUCCUAUGUUGCAAUCAAGGUCCUGCAUCCCAGGGUUGAGCGGACAGUCCGGCGCGAUCUCCGUAUCAUGGGCUUCUUUGCUUCAGCGCUGAACAUGAUACCUACCAUCGAAUGGCUUUCGCUACCUGACGAAGUUGAGCAGUUCGGGGAGAUGAUGAGGCUGCAACUCGACCUCCGUAUCGAAGCUGCCAACCUCGCCAAAUUUCGCAGAAACUUCAAAGAUCGCACCACAGCCUGGUUCCCGUUCCCGUAUCUCGAGUUCACUACCCGACAAGUCUUGAUUGAAGAGUUUGCGCAGGGCAUACCCUUGGCAGACUUCUUGGAGAAUGGGGGCGGAGUCUUCCAGCGUGAUAUCGCACAAGAGGGUCUUGAUGCCUUUCUACGCAUGUUGCUGAUUGACAACUUUAUACAUUCUGAUUUACAUCCCGGUAACAUUAUGGUUCGCUUCUACCAAUCUCAGCAACCAAGUCUUCGUCGUCAUUCCAGCCACGAACGUCCCGACGAGCAGCAGGAUGUCACAGAGCAAGUACUUGCCCGUUUGCGGCCUUAUCGCAAGAGGAAGGACACCGUAGCUUGGGAGGCAGAGCUGAAGAAGAUCGACGCCGAAGGCUUCCGGCCACAAUUGAUUUUCAUAGACACUGGACUCGUUACCGAGUUGAACGGCACCAACCGUCGCAAUUUCUUGGAUCUCUUCAGAGCCGUGGCCGAAUUCGAUGGCUACAAGGCAGGACACCUGAUGUGCGAGCGCUGUCGACAACCUGAGGCUGUCAUUGACGAGGAGCACUUCGCCCUGAAGAUGCAGCAUCUCGUCCUGAGUGUCAAGAGCAGUACCCUAGCACUGGGUAACGUCAAGAUUGGCGACAUUCUGCAACAGGUCCUCGACAUGGUAAGACAGCACCAUGUGAGAAUGGAAGGCGAUUUCGUGAACGUCGUGAUCAGCAUCCUUCUACUGGAGGGAAUAGGCCGGAGUCUUGAUCCCAACAUGGACCUCCUCAGUAGCUCGCUACCCAUACUGAGACAACUUGGCUCUCAAAGUGCCGCUACCAUGAUGAAGGGUGGAGACUUUUCCAUGGUGUUCGUUUGGGCGGGUCUAGAAGCAAGGAGGUUCAUGCAAUUCAGUAUUGAAGACGUUGAGAAAUGUGUGAAAUACGACUUGCUAUCGCCUAACCUGUAG